AUGGCCCCAGGUGGUGGCACCAGUGCGGCCCCCACCGCGGGCCCGCGUCCCACGUACACUCCCGUCCUCGCCGACCACUUCCCCCGCACCGAGUACGCCCGCCUGCGCUUCUACGCCCACCCCGUCGCGAGCCCGAGCGCACGCGUGCUGUGGGCUGCGCGCGAUGCGAGCAAGGCGUGGGCACGCGCCGUUGCCGCGCAGUGCUGGGACGCCAUGGACGAGCUGAUGGUCCGUCUCGCCGUGUUUGACAAGGCGUACGAGCUUAACCAAGCCCAGUGGGGCCACCGCCCAUGCCCCACCGCCGCCGAGUGGCAGCGCGAGACGGACGGCUACAUUGCCGUGGCGUACCUCUGUGCCGGCCGCGCACUGCACGCUGUGGGCCAGGACAAGCGCAUGCCCAGCCUCGGACUCGUCUCGCCGUUCUGCCGUGCCGCAAUGGACCUGUGCGCCGCACCACUCGUGGACGCCGAGCCGCUCGUGCCGGCUCCCAUGGAAGAGGACAGCCUGGGCGAGGUUCUCGGCGAGUACGACCCGUUGCUGCGGCACAAGGCCGAGCUCGACGUGUCCGAAGCGGCAUACGCCGAGACGUUUACCUUGGACCCCGCGACUGGGUACUGGGUCCUCGACCACGAUGCCGCCGGCCAUGGGCGGAAUUCAUGUCCGACACCCGUGACGCAAGUCGGCCACGACCACCCCGAGACGCGCGACCACAUCGACGACGACCCUCGUGUCACGACCCCGGCGUCAGAUACAGCACCGACGGUUGUCGAGCUCCACACCGUCACGGCGUAG